GCCCCUGCCUGUUUCCCGUUUCCUGCAGUUUUUAAUGGCACAAGCCCAUCUUCCUUUUCCCUCGGGCUUGAUCAGUUUACACAUAUUUAUUUGAGCUUCAUAUUUCUUGUAGUGAAAGGAAUCCCGCUCCUCACUUUCACUGGAACCAGUGCUUGGUCACCACCAUCAGGAAGUCGAUCAGCAGCCUCCGUGAUGCUACAUUAAUAACAGAGGCAAAAAGUGCCCUGCUUAUAUUUUUAAUCACCAAAGCAGGCAGGAAAUAUGUGAGCUUUUCAUCUGGCUGUUGCUGUUGUCUGUGUUGAAGUGAAGGGAAUGCGGUUUUCCUUGUGAGGAUUUAUCAGGGAGCUAAAACACAGCCUCUGCCACUGCAUCUGCCAGGUAUGUGUACACUCUGCACCACUGGAGGUGUAGCUGAGCUGUGACAAACCCCAGGCUCUAAAGCAAAAGGGUGCUGUGAGUCAGAACAAAUAACCUUACCUGAACUCUAACCCCUGCUGUUCUUUGGCUGGGGAGGGGGUUUGGGAUCCAGCCCAGCAGAAGGGCUGGGAGCCAUUGUGGGAUUGCUGCUCCUUGGACCAUGGAUUCUUGGUAGGCUGCAUUAGGGGCAGGUGUGGGUGGGUCUCACAGUGCUACAAUGGGUUGCAUUGAUCCACAAGCCAGACCUAUUGCAGAUGUGGGGUGGACUGUUGUCCUUGUGCCCUGGGUAAAGCUGGAUGUGGAUCUGUCCUCUCUGCAAGCACAGUACAGAGGCUGGGCUCAGGAGCUGGGGGGUGGUUGUCUUGCCAGGAACUUACCUGAUGUUUCAGCUAGGAGCUACCUGUGCGCUGGGGUUAACAGCCCCGCUCCUGCCGGUGGGAAAUGUGGAGGAGAAACCCCCAGCAGACAGGCAAAGCCAAGCAGCUGACACUGCCCAUACCCCACAGUCCUCUCCAACCACCCGCUCAGCCCUUUUCCUGUGGGAUGGUGCUUGCUCAGAGGGAGGGUCUGGGCGGCUGCGCAGGCUGUGCCUGCCCAUCCAGGUGUGUGAGGAAGGAAUGCCAAGCCCUGAGUCACGGGCACCCCUUCUUCCCUUCCCAACUGGGAUAAAGCUCGUCCUCAGCUGGGGCCUGAUCUUAUUUAUUGCUGCUCCUACCUUUCCUCCCUGCUGGCCCACGGGAGGGAGAGGCGGCAGCUCGGGAGGCAAGAGGAGCAGGAAGAAAGUCGAUAUUUGACUGGAGGGUACAGAAAUCAGUGGGAGGUAUGUAGGAUUGAGGUCUGCCUGCUCUCCCUGCCUGCCUGGAAGUUGACAUUUAACCGGAAAAAGAAAAGGGACAGAAAAUAAGGGAGGGGGAAAAAAAAAGAAGAAGAAAGAAAAGGCCAAGGCUGGAAAUCAAGUUGCGGCAGCAAAGCAGCACAUUCCCGCUCUGCCUUCAGAGGAAUUUCUUGGCUUGGUGUGUGGGUGCCUGUUUUUCGGUCUGCAGCAGAGGAUUUGGACACUGAGUCAGACUCAACGCUAAUGAGGAGGAAGAGGAUGGAUGUGCUGCCACGGAUGUGUGCUGGGCUGCUCUUCCUGUCCCUGCUCUGUGCCACUGGCCUCUGCCAAAGAAGCAAAAAUAACCGCUGUGUGCUGUCCCAGGCAAAGAGCUGUACCGAGUGCAUCCGAGUGGAUAAGGACUGCUCCUUCUGCACUGAUGAGAGCUUUGAAGAGCCUCGUUGCAACUUGCGGGAGAACUUGCUGCGGUACGGCUGCGCGGAGGCCAGCAUCGUGUACACCAGGGGCGAGAUGCAGACCCAGCAGAAUUUCAGUAUCAACACAUCACUGCAGAGAACCCAGGUGUCUCCCCAGGGCAUGUUCAUGCGACUGCGAGCUGGGGAGGAGAUGAGCUUCGACAUGGAUGUCUUCCAGCCCUUGGAGAGCCCUGUGGAUCUCUACAUCCUCAUGGACUUCUCCUACUCUAUGUCUGAUGAUCUAGACAACCUCAAAAGCAUGGGCCAAAACCUAGCGGAGUUCCUGCAAGCCCUGACCUCCAAUUACACCAUUGGAUUUGGCAAGUUUGUGGACAAAGUCUCAUCCCCUCAGACAGAUAUGAGACCUGAGAAGCUCCGUGAGCCCUGGAACAAUGCUGAUUCCCCCUUCUCAUUCAAGAAUGUCAUCCGUCUGACCAGCAAUAUCAACUACUUCAGCCAGGAGCUCAGGAAAGAGCGCAUCUCCGGCAACCUUGAUGCCCCUGAGGGCGGCUUUGAUGCGAUCCUGCAGACAGCUGUUUGCAAGGAUAAGAUUGGCUGGAGGAAGGACAGCACUCACCUGCUUGUCUUCUCCACUGAAUCUGCCUUUCACUAUGAAGCUGAUGGUACCAACGUCCUGGCAGGAAUCCUGGCAAGAAAUGAUGAGCACUGUCACCUAGAUGCCAAUGGCACAUAUGUGUAUGAUACCAAACAGGACUAUCCUUCAGUGCCCACCCUGGUGCGCCUGCUAGGCCAACACAACAUCAUCCCCAUCUUUGCUGUCACCAACCACUCCUACAGCUACUAUGAGAAGCUGCACAAGUAUUUCCCCAUCUCUGAGAUUGGAGUGCUCCAGGAGGACUCUUCCAACAUCGUGGAGCUGCUCCGCACAGCCUUUGAGCGAAUCCGCACCAAGAUGGAUAUCCGGGCUGACUUUGUCCCCAAAGCCAUGAAGACAGAGUUCACCUCCUUGAUGUAUGAAAAGACAGAAUCUGGCUCCUUCCACAUUACCCGUGGGGAAGUGGGCAAGUUCAAUGUGCGCAUUAAGGCGCUUGAGUACGUUGGCGGGCAGCACGUCUGCAGCCUCCCUGAGAGAGACCGGCAGGGAGUUAUCCAAGUGAAACCCACAUCCCUGAGUGACAGCCUCAAAAUCACAGCCUCUGUCAUCUGUGACAUGUGUCCUUGUGAACAGCAACAAGAGUUUAACUCACCCAUGUGCAGCUUCCAUGGGGACUUUGUUUGUGGACAGUGCAUCUGCCAUCCGGGCUGGCGAGGGGACACAUGUGACUGCUCCCCAGCAUCCUCCCCCAACAACGAAGUCUGCAUCCGCCCUGGGGAUGUGGAGCCGUGCUCAGGCCGGGGUGAGUGCCUGUGUGGGAAGUGCCAGUGCUACUCCGAGGACCUGACGCAGCGCUUCGAUGGGGCGUUCUGCCAGUACGAUGUCCUGCAGUGCCCACGUACCUCCGGCUUCCUCUGCAAUGAUCGUGGCCGCUGCUCCAAGGGUGCAUGUGUGUGUGAGAGCGGCUGGGAGGGGCCAGGCUGCGAAUGCCCCACGAGCAACGACACCUGCAUCGACAGCAGAGGGGGUAUUUGCAAUAAUCAUGGGAGAUGUGAAUGCGGCAGAUGUAUCUGUGACAAGGCUUCGCUGUACACCAGCUCCACCUGCGAAAUCAGCUACUCCCUGGGCUUCCAGGCUGUGUGUGAGAGCAUCCGGGACUGCGUUCGCUGCCAGGCCUGGGGAACAGGCAAUAUGAAAGGGAACUGCAGCACGUGCCACCUCCAGCUCCAGAUGGUGGAAGAGCUAAAGAAAGAGGAGGCCAGUGAAUACUGCUCAUUCCAGGAUGAGGACGACGAUUGCACAUACCACUACACCCUGGAGGGAGAUCCCAAUGUCCUCCCCAACACCACUGUCCAUGUCCAGAAGAAAAAAGAGUGCCCACCGGGGAACUUCCUCUGGCUCAUCCCGCUGCUCAUCUUCCUCAUUCUGCUCCUGGGGCUGCUGCUGCUGCUCUGCUGGAAGUUCUGUGCCUGCUGCAAGGCUUGCCUGGCUCUGCUUCCCUGCUGCGCACAAGGUCGCACUGUUGGCUUCAAGGAGGACCACUACAUGCUUCGCCACGGCCUCAUGUCCUCUGACCACCUGGAUACGCCCAUGGUCCGCAGUGGGUCCCUUAAGGGUUGCGACACCGUCCGCUGGAAGAUCAACAACAAUGUUCACAAACAGGGCUUCACCUCCCUUGCUGCCGCCAACCCUAAAGAUCUCAUUCCCUAUGGGCUGUCUCUGAGGCUGACCCGGCUUUUCACGCAGAACCUGGUGAAGCCGGACACUCGAGAGUGUGAGCAGCUGCGCAAGGAAGUGGAGGAGAACCUGAACGACAUUUUCAAGCACAUCCCUGGCUGCCACAAGCUCCAGCAGACCAAGUUCAGGUUACAGCCCAAUUCUGGGAAAAGGCAGGACCACACCAUUGUGGACACAGUGCUCACUGCCCCUCGCUCAGCCAAGCCAGAGAUCAUCAAAGUGAUGGAAAAGCAUGUUGCCCACGAGGCUUUCAAUGACCUGAAGGUUUCACCAGGUUAUUACACUGUGACCUCAGACCAAGAUGCUCACGGGAUGGUGGAGUUCCAAGAGGCUGUGGAGCUGGUGGAUGUGCGUGUCCCACUCUUCAUUAGGGAGGAUGAUGAUGAUGAGAAGCAACUGCAGGUAGAGGCCAUUGAUGUACCUACUGGCAUUGCAGAGAUUGGACGCAGGAUUGUUAGCAUCACCAUCAUCAAAGAACAAGCGAGCAGCCUCAUCACCUUCUUGCAGCCAGCCUAUUCCCACAGUCGCUUUGAUAAGCUGGCCAAGAUCCCUGUCCUCCGGGAGAUCAUAGACAACGGGAAAUCCCAAGUCACCUACAGGACCCGGGAUCUCACCGCCAAGAAUGGCAGAGACUACAUCUUCACAGAGGGUGACCUGGUCUUCCAGCCUGGGGAGACCCGAAAGGAGGUGCAGGUCCCCUUGCUGGAGCUGACUGAAAUAGAUACCCUCCUGCACAACUACCAGCUCAAGCAAUUUGCUAUUGAUCUCCUCCACCCCAAGUAUGGCACCAAGAUUGGCCGGUACCCCCAGACCACGGUGACCAUCGCCGACCCAGAGGUGGUGGAUGGUGUCAGCUCGAUGACUGGCCUGGGCCAGGUCUCCCAGUCCCCAAAAGGCCGCCUGAGUGCACCACUUAAUCCCAAUGCCAAAGCUCUCAGCUCCAGGGAAAUCAGCUUCAGCUGGUUUCCUCCACCAGGAAAACCUCUGGGGUACAAGGUGAAAUACUGGAUCCAGGGGGACCCCGAGUCAGAAGCCCAUCUUAUCGAUGUCAAAGCACCAUCAGUAGAGCUGAGUAACCUCUACCCCUUCUGCGACUAUGAGAUGCAAGUCUGUGCCUACAACACCAUGGGUGAAGGUGCUUACUCUGACAUCAUCCACUGCCACACGCUUGAGGACGUCCCCAGUGAGCCCGGCCGCUUGGCUUUCAACGUUGUGUCUUCCACUGUGACACAGCUGAGCUGGGCUGAGCCUGCAGAAACCAAUGGGGAGAUCACAGCUUAUGAAGUCAGUUACGGACUUGUCAACGAGGACAACAUACCCAUUGGCCCAGUGAAGAAGGUGCUGGUUGAAGACCCAAAGAAGCGCAUGGUGCUGAUAGAAAACCUGCGGGAGUCCCAGCCCUAUCGCUACAUGGUGAAAGCCAGAAAUGGUGCUGGCUGGGGACCUGAGAGAGAAGCCACCAUCAACCUUGCCACACAGCCCAAGCGCCCGAUGUCCAUCCCCAUCAUCCCUGAUGUCCCCAUCAUUGAUGCAGAGGGAGGUGAGGACUAUGACAGCUACCUGAUGUACAGUGCAGAUGUGCUUCGCUCUGCAGCUGGCAGCAAGCAUCCCAGUGUCUCCGAUGAUUCAGGCUCCAGGUGGAAAUAUGUGCCGUUGCUGGGAGAGGACUUGGAUCUUCGACGCAUCACGUGGAGGCUCCCAGCUGAAACCAUUCCCCGCCUCUCUGGCAGCAGCCGCUUCUCCUCAGACACCGAGGGUCUCCUCCAUGAGGAGGACAGCGACGUGGCUACUGGCAGCCUGAGGAGGAGCGGGACGCCCUGGCUCCAAGCAGAACACUUGCUGAAUGGCCGGGUAGACUUCUUCCCUGGCAGUGGCAGUGGCACACUGACCAGGACAACGAACACCAGCUACCAUCAGCUGAGCUCACACAUGCAGCAGGAGCACAGAGUGAUGGGGAGCUCCUCACUGACAAGAGACUACUCCACGAUGCUGAUGGGGCAUGAUUGUCCAGGGACACUCUUCCCUCCCAUCUGUGAAGAUGCUGGGAGGACAAUCCUGCGGCCCCAGGAUAUGGGUUUCAGGAGCAGGGCAAAGGUGAAGGGUUACUACCCCAGCACUGGCUGUCGGGACUCUAUAAUCAUGACUGAUGGGUCUGCAGGGAUUUGCAAGUAUAUAGACUCCAGGCUGCCACUGGGUGUUCCCGACACCCCCACGCGCCUGGUGUUCUCUGCCCUGGGACCUACCUCCCUGAAGGUGAGCUGGCAGGAGCCACACUGCGACAAGGAGGUGCAGGGCUACAGCGUGCACUACCAGCUCCUCAAUGGAGGAGAGGUUCACCGACUCACCAUCCCCAACCCCAGCCAGAACUCAGUGGUGGUAGAGGACCUGCUGCCCAACCACUCCUACAUCUUCAAGGUGAAAGCACAGAGUGAGGAAGGCUGGGGGCCCGAGAGGGAAGGAGUCAUCACCAUAGAGUCCCAGGUGGACCCGCAAAGCCCACUCAGCCCUGUACCAGGUUCACCCUUCACGCUGAGCACACCCAGUGCUCCUGGGCCACUUGUGUUCACUGCCCUCAGCCCUGACUCCCUGCAGCUCAGCUGGGAGAGACCCCGCAAGCCCAAUGGGUCCAUCUUGGGCUACAUGGUCACCUGUGAGAUGCUGCAUGGAGGAGGGGAGCCCAGGAAUAUCUAUGUUGAAGGGGACAAUCCUGAAACUACCCUGACUGUGCCACACCUGAAUGAGAAUGUCCCAUACAAGUUCAAAGUGCAAGCCAAGACCACGCAAGGCUUUGGGCCAGAGAGAGAAGGCAUCAUCACCAUUGAAUCUCAGGAUGGAGGCACUUUCUCCCAGUUUGGAGGACAGCAGUACAUGAGAGAGGAAGUGUACAACUUCCCAACAGAAUACACCACCAAAACCAGCAUCAGCCAUUCCUCUCUGGAUCCCCACUUCACAGACGGCAUGCUCCUGACAACCCAGCGAGUGGAGAGCGCCAGCAGCACCCUCACCAAACAGGUCACCAAAGAGUUUGUGAGCCGGACCGUGAUGUCCAGUGGGACCCUCACCAAACAGAUGGAAAGGCAAUUUUAUGAGGCCUGAGCCAGAGCAGGCUGCCUGCCAGCGGGACAUUCGUGUUCAGAUGGCAGGACUUUGUGGAAUAGUCCAAGAGUGCUUCAUCCAGAUGCUGCUGUGGUGCCCGGGAAGCUCCUCCUGUGGGCAGAGACCCUCCAUGGCACUUCAAGCUCUGGACCCCUGCUUUGGAGCCCAGCACACUCAAAGCUCUAGCACAGUUGGGUCAUCAGGUGUGCACUCAUCCUUCAGGGCUUGUUCACCCUGACCUACUCUGCAGAGACUCAAUUCUGCAGAGUCCACAGCGACGUCUUCCAUGAACAAUCACCACUCACUCCAAUACCAUUUUCAAUGCCCACCCAUCCAAAUACACCUGCUGAAAUUCAGGUGUCUCGAUGGCUCCAGCCUCCCCAGAUAAAUGGAACAGGACGAUUUAUUCUCAGGUCAUCAGUUUUGAGAUGAUCCCAGCUCACAACAUCCUGAUUUAUAGAGCGCCACCAUUUCCAUCUGUGCUUCAGGCUCUCUAGCAACUUGCCUGUCCACUGGAGAUGGUUAUUUUGUUCUGUUUGGGCUUUUUCUAUGAAAGCUGCCUAGGUUUGGGGUAACCUAAUGCUUCUUACUGCACCUACUUGUGUCUAUCCUUCGCUGCUAAUAUUUGGUACCAUGACAGCAAAGUAUAGCCUUUCGUUUGCAUAGCAUUACUCAUGAGAGCCUCUGAAGCUUUUUUUUUUUUGCAUACAUUAUUGUACAGUUUUCUCAGUAUAUAUAAAUAUAUAGAAAUGUAUUUUAUUAUUUUAUAAAAAAAAUUGAGGUGGUGAGAUCUAUGCUCAAUGUGGAUGCUACACAUGGGACUGUGAUUACUGAGAAACAUGAAUAACUAAGAAAUUAAUUAAGGGCUUGAUCCAAAGGCCACUAAACCCUAUGGGAAGCCUGUUGAUGAGCUGGUUGGCUCUGCCUUGAGCGUUAUAUCCUCCAGCACUGGAGACUCCAGCAGAAGGCUGCAGCUGAGCACUUUCCAGCAUCAUGCACAGGAGGGGUGGGAGUCGCCUGGAGGUGAGGGACAGGCAUGGCUCCGGCACCAGUGCCUGGAGAUGGGAAUGGUGCCUGGGAUUUCUUAUGUGGCAGAUGGGGAGAGCAUUGAGAUUUUUUAGGCAGAAGAUGUUUGGCAUCUUUUAAAAGCCCUUUUGCCCAGCAUCAAGGUCCAUAAAGGGACCCGUGAUCCAUCAGCGAACACAAGGGAAGAGCAAGCCUGGGAGCAGCAGGCGCUCUCACCAUCCUGAGUAAGUGUCUAAGCUUCCUUCAGCCCUUGGCUUUACCUGUGCUCACAUAGUGCUGGGUGCAGGGCUCUUGCUGGGCCUCAUUUCCUGGCUCUGGGCACACUUCCAGGACUCUCGCUGCCCUCUGCCAAUGGGAACAACUGGGCCCUGUGUCUUGCUGAGCAGCAUGGCUCCCUGGUGUGCUGCAGCUGCCCAGGAGCAGGUGAGGAGCCUGCUGAGGGCAGGGAUCCUGCCUGGAGCAUUGCUGCUGCCAUUCUGCAUUAGAGCUCACAACUGGAAGAGCAGCUGCUGGUCUCCCUGGCAGCAUCACCUGCCUAACUCCAGCUGAUGUUGGACCUGCCCUGGUUUGGGUUUGAGGGGUGGUUUUUGGGGGGGUGGGGUUGUUUGGGGUUUUUUGUGUAUACGGUGGGGUUUUUUUUUUUCCCUUUUUUUUUUUUUUUUUUUUUCCGGUUUUGGUUUUCUUUGUGUUUUGGACUCAGAAGAUUUUGCAGCACUCUCUUGGGGCUGUUCAUCUGAGUGCAAGGGCUAGAACAUCUUUGAGCUCCCUCUCCUCUUGGGGCUGUUCAUCUGAGUGCAAGGGCUAGAACAUCUUUGAGCCAAAGCUGCAUGUGGGUGAGUAAAGUCCACCGGAGUCUCCAGGACUGCAGGUGGGGCUGGGUCAGUCUUAAACUUACGCCAAGAAAUACUUUGCCAGUCCUGUGUUGUUGGUUUGUUUUUUUUUUUACUCUGCCUUCAAGAAGCACUUAUUCUUCCUGAGCAGGUUCCAGCGUGUGAGCCUGCCCCUGCCUCCCCGGUUCUUGUCUUGCCUUUGGUUGGGGUUUCCUUUCCAGUUGACGUGUCUCCUCCUGCACAAGGACUCCGGACGCUUUCCCUGUGCUUUGUGAUCUGGGAUAAAAUACUGAAACCAGCCUCAAAAGGGGGCUCCAUUUCCAAGCGCUUUCACCGAAGACCUUCGUGUUAUCUAAGAGCACAGCCUGUCAGGUGUUGCUCUCCAAGCCAUCUAUCCCCUGUGCAAGGUGGCUGCACACCGACCUACUGCCUCACACUAGGCCAGUGCCACCUUUUAAUUUUCAUCUGGUCAUUAGGGCUGAUGGUGUUUCAGCCUUUCCAAGGUGGAUCCCGCAGCCCAAUCUGACAGAGGGUCUUUGAUCAGGUGGCUUCCUAUUGCACUUAAUAAAUGUCUUCUCUAGAGUC